AUGAAGUUCACUCUUGUCACCUCCGCCCUCUUCCUGGCCACCGCUGCCAUGGCCGCCCCUGACGGUGUUGAUGUCAACUCCAUCGUCUCUGAGGCUGAGGGUAUCGCCUCAACCGCCGUCAACGGCGGUGAAUCCAUCGGCUCCGACGUCGCCGACAAGGCCACCUCCAUCUACGAAGCCGCCAGCACCGGAGGCGCCGCCGCUGUCUCCUCUCUCCGCAGCGACGCCUCAGAGGCCGCCUCCACCCUCACCGGCGAUGCCGCUUCCGCCGUCUCGUCCAUCACCAGCAAGGCUGAUUCCAUUGCCUCCGAGGCCACCAGCAAGGGUGACUCUAUCGCCUCCGAGGCCACUAGCCGCGCUGCCACCUGGGCCUCCGCCCACACCACCCUGACCGACUCUGCCGGCUCUGCCACUGCCACCGAAUCCACCACCCUCACCAGCCAGGUCACCGGCUCUGCUACCGACUCCGCUAGCGCCUCUGCAUCCGGCUCUGCUAGCACCACUGACAACGGCGCCUUCGCUCGCCCUACUGCUGUUGGUGCCGCCGCUGCCGGUAUGGCCGGUGUUCUCGGCAUCAUGGUUGCCCUCUAA